AUGCUUACACAAUGCAAGAACACCAGCAGCGCGCUCGCGCUGCACUACACGCAGUCGUCGAUCUCACCCGCCGCCAGCGUGGGUCACGUCUGCCGCGCCCCGCGCCCCCUCGCGGCGCAGGCGCGGCUGCUGCCGCGGCCGCCUGACCUGGCGGAUGAUGAUGUCAUCAAGUCCCUGGUGUUCAGCGCCGGCCUGCAGCCAGUGCUGGUGGUCGCGAAGCUCUCCUCAAAGGCGCGCGGGUCCACAGGGUUUGGCUUUUCGGGGGGG